GCGCGACACGGCUUCUGCCACUGACGUCGUGGGCUGCGCGCCGCAGCAUGCCAGGCGGUGAGUGUGCCGUGAGUUCAUGUAUGUCUUCGUCCUUGUCUUAGCUUCUUCCUACCUGAAAGUCCGGACCGCCUGUCCACAGGCCCCUCCGCAGCGACAGAGGCGGAGAGGUUGGUUGCACGCCAGGGCCUGUACUGACCACAUCCACGUGCCACUGGGGCUCUGAGGAGGAAUGGCGGCAGUGGGCAGCCUGCUUGGCCUGCUAAGAUGCAGCGCUGUGAAGGCCACCGGGCCUGCACUCCGCUGCCUGCAUACGUCCUCCUGGCGGGCUGACAGCAGCAGGGCCUCAUUCGGUCGUGUGCGCCGCCAGGCCUAUGCACGUCUCUAUCCCGUGCUGCUGGUGAAGCAGGAUGGCUCCACUGUCCACAUCCGCUACAGGGAGCCACGGCGCAUGCUGGUGAUGCCCAUAGAUCUGGACACCCUGACUCCUGAGGAGCGCCGGGCCAGGCUGCGGAAGCGUGAGGCUCAGCUCCAGCGGACAAAGGACUACGAGCAGGAGCUCAGCGAUGACUUUGAUGUGGAGCGCUACCGACAGUUCUGGGCCAAGACCAAGAAGUGACUGUGGCUCCAGCCACACUGGGACAUUGCUAAGAUGGGAGAGCAGUUCUUAAAUCACACGCUGUCAAAGCUGCCACAUGGA